AUGGCGGCGAACCUGCGUCGGCCGCCCCUAGCGGGCCAGCUGGCGGCCCCGGCGGUUGCGCCGAGGGCCUCCCCCGUGUGGCGCCCCUCACCGCCGACCGCGGCGCACGUGGACGCGCAUCCGGGCCUCGCCCACUGCCAGAUCGCCCCGCGGGCCCCGGUCCGUCCGGCCCGCGAGCGAGUUGUCGUUGCCCGGUACAGUCAAGACCCGGCCGCGCAGCGCUGGGCGAACAGCCAGGCGCCGGACCCGCAGUCGCCGCCGUCCGACCUCAUCUACGCUAUCCGCCACGCGUGCGAGAACGAGUACCAGUGGUGGCGCCCCAUCGCUGAGUGCGCGCGGGACGCGCACAGCGCAGGCGCCAAGGGCGUCGUGCUCGUGCGCGCGGGCUUCGUGAGAGGGGACGAGGUCGGGAACCAGCACAGCGCGCGGUCGGCGUCCCAGCCGGUUCCGGGCGCUCCGUUCUACUUCACGUGCAUCUGGGAGCCGGUGUUUGUGUCGGAGAUCGCCAUUCGUGCCACCGUCUCCCUGUUCGCCGAGGAGCUGCGCGGCCGCCUGCGCGCCAUGGCGCCCGAGGAGGGCGCGAACGCGUUCAAGACGUACGAGGACAUCGAGCUGUGCGAGGCGACCCUGUCGCACUUCGUCCGCGACAUUCGCGCCGGGUCGGACGAGAGCCGCCGGCAAUGGAAGCGCGAGCGGCACCAGGCGAACGAGCUCGCGAAGCGCAACUACGCGGAGAAGAUCGAGCAGGCGCACGGCGCGGACACGCGCUGCACCAAGUGCCACGAGCCGUGCGCGCUCUUCGAGUUCGCCCCGCUGACGUGCACGAGGCAGGCGCAGGACAUUCAGCUCCUGAGCGAGGUCUGCCGUCUGACCCGCGAGGACAUGGUGUCGAUCCUGCGGCACACGGAAGCCUACCUUCUCUCCCUGGUGCGCACGGGCGGCACCGAGAUGCCGCGGCCGACGGUGUUCGACCUGGUCGGGAUCUCGAACUCGUCGCUGCUCUCGCUCGUCACGGGCGAGACGCAGGCGUUCCGCCGGCACGUCAAGUGCCGCCCGCGCCUCAAGCCCGAGCACCGCGGCAGCGGCUUGAUGGGCGCCAUGCCGCUCCUGCUCGCGGACAAGAUCUCCGAGGACAUGUACGAGGAGCCCGACGAGGAGUGCGCGCUCGACUCGACGGACUACGCGGACGUGGACAUGGCCCCGCUGGGCGCGGCGGAGUUUGACGCCUACCACUGGAUCAACCCUGAGCCGGCGCCGGAGCGCGACGAGGUGCUGGACACGUACGACGACCUCGACAUCGACCUGGGGCUGGACCCCACGGACGACGAGGACGACGGGGAGGAGAGCGCCGCGCUGGACCCCGACGCGGCGCGGACGCUGCGGCUGCGGGUGGCGCGGAUCGAGGAGGCGAAGGCGGCGAAGGCGGCGUACAAGCCCGCGGGCGGGGAGAUCGCGUACAUGGUGGACGGGGCGAUCAUGAGCAACCGCGUGCCGCUGAAGUACCGCUACUGGUGCACGUGGGGCGUGGUGGGGACCAAGCUGGGGGGCGUGAAGCGGGCAUGA